AUGGAUUUAUCUACGCCCUAUAUUAUUCCAAAACGCUAUGCAGACUCAGACGACGAUAUCGGACCUAUGCCAGCACCGGCAGCCGCCGAAGAGGAUCCUGUCGUCAAAAAGCGCAAGAGAGCUCUGCCUCACGAACAGCUCUAUAUCUCACGGAUGCCUUCGGCAGAGAUGUAUGAGAAGAGUUACAUGCACAGGGACGCCAUCAAUUUUGUGGCCGUGACAAGGACGGACUUUAUUAUCACAACGUCUGUGGAUGGAUUCCUCAAGUUCUGGAAGAAGACGGACCAGGGCAUUGAGUUCGUCAAGCAAUACCGCUCCCAUCUCGGUCUGAUCGCUGGAAUCAGUGUGUCUGAUGACGGACUGUUGCUCGCUACCAUCGCUAUGGACAAGUCCCUCAAGGUUUACGAUGUCAUCAACUUUGAUAUGAUCAACAUGGUCAAGCUGGAUUUUGUUCCUAGUACAGUCUGCUGGAUUCACAAGCGAGGAGAGGCGCAGGCAAAGGUCGCAGUUUCGGACGCCGAUUCUUCUGCGAUCCAUGUCUUUGACGGCCGCGGCGAGGGAAAGGCCUUGUUUUCAGUCACCAAACUUCACAAUGGACCAGUUACUACCAUGGCGUUCAACGACAAGUACAACUGCGUCAUCUCGGCUGAUAGUACAGGAGCUCUGGAAUACUGGGUCCCCGACGAGAACCACGAGCUGCCGAAGACGGUUUCUUUCGAGUACAAAAGCGAGACAGAUCUAUAUGAGUUCAAAAAGUGCAAGUCAACAGCAACUUCCCUCACAUUCUCGCACGACUUUGAAAAGUUUGUGACCAUGAGCGCCAAGGAUCGCCAGGUUCGCGUCUGGAAGACAAGGACAGGAAAGAUGAUCCGGAAAUAUGACGAGAGCCUCGAUGUCGUCAACGAGAUGCAGCAGACAGGACAGAAGCUGUACAAGCUGGAUGACAUGGAGUUUGGACGCAGAUUGGCAGGAGAGCGCAUGCUGUCAAAAUCGACACAGCAGAGCACUAUGAAUGCCGUCUUUGACGAGAGCGGGCACUUUUUGAUCUACCCCACCAUUUUCGGCAUCAAAGUCGUCAACACAUACACCAACAAGGUCGUCCGUCUCAUUGGAAAGUCAGAGCCCCAGCGCUUUAUGAACAUUGCCCUCUACCAAGGAGCACCCAAGAAGAAAAGCAACAUGACUAUGGCUAUGGUGGCAUCGGACAAUGCGGUUAUUAGGGAGUCAGAGAUGCGGGACCCAACAUUGUUCUGCACAGCACACACUCGCAACCGAUUUUACAUGUUCACGGAGCGGGAACCUGAUCAAGGACCCUCUCACAAGACGGAUCGCGAUGUCUUCAACGAGAAGCCCUCCCGCGAAGAACAGACCAUUGCCACAGCACAGCACACAAAGACCAAGCUCGGAACAACAGCCAUUCUGCGCACAACCUUGGGCGAUAUCCAGAUCAAGCUUUUCCCAGAAUUGGUUCCCAAGACGGUGGAGAACUUUGUGACACAUUCCCGGAACGGAUAUUACGACAACGUCAUUUUUCACCGUAUCAUCAAGGCCUUUAUGCUGCAGACUGGAGACCCACUUGGCGAUGGUACCGGAGGAACCUCGAUCUGGGGCAAGGAGUUUGAAGACGAGUUUCAUCCUGACCUGAGGCACGACCGCCCCUACACUGUCUCGAUGGCCAAUGCUGGGCCAGGAACCAACGGAUCGCAGUUCUUUAUCACGACAGUGCCGACGGCCUGGUUGGACAACAAACAUACUAUCUUUGGACGUGCUGUCACGGGCAUGGAUGUGAUCCACAAUAUCGAGAACCUGAAGACUGAUAAAACCGACAAGCCUUUUGAGGAGGUCAAGAUCCUGAACAUUGAGAUCCGCUGA